AUGGGUUACUAUUACGGGGCUGGCGGGAUAGGGACUACCCUUUUGAUUGUGGGAGCUUAUAUGCUCUUCACUGGCGAUGGUGAAUCAUUUAAUGUCGGCGCCUUUCUCGAAUCAGUCUCGCCUUACGCGUGGGCAGACUUGGGCAUUGCGCUCUGCAUAGGACUUUCAGUAGUUGGCGCAGCAUGGGGCAUUUUCAUCACGGGCUCGUCCAUCCUAGGCGGCGGUGUUAAGGCGCCCAGGAUUCGCACCAAGAACCUGAUCUCCAUCAUUUUUUGCGAGGUUGUCGCCAUCUACGGGGUCAUCAUGGCCAUUGUCUUCUCCGCCAAGAUCAACCCAGUCGAGGGUGAGGCGGCGUGGUCACCCGAGACGUACUACACCGGCUACGCACUCUUCUGGGCCGGCAUCACCGUCGGGAUGUGCAACCUAAUCUGCGGUGUUGCGGUUGGCAUCAACGGCAGCGGUGCUGCGUUGGCGGAUGCUGCUGAUCCUACCCUGUUCGUCAAGAUGCUGGUGAUUGAAAUCUUCAGCUCCGUUCUGGGUCUAUUCGGCCUGAUCGUCGGACUACUCGUGUCCAACAAGGCGACCGACUUUGGCAGCGUCUAG